GAGCUCUCGUCUCGCGCGUGUCAUCCAUCUUUCUCUUUUGAAUUUCCUGUCUGCGGAAUAUUGUGUGAAAUCACAAAUAGGGAUUAAAAAAUGGCUCCAAGAAAAAACAAAGUAGCAAAAGAAGAAGUGCAGGUGGCUUUGGGACCUCAAGUACGUGAAGGUGAAAUUGUUUUUGGAGUCGCUCACAUUUUUGCCAGCUUCAAUGAUACUUUCGUUCAUGUCACCGAUUUGUCUGGACGUGAAACUAUUGCCAGGGUCACCGGAGGCAUGAAAGUAAAGGCUGAUCGUGAUGAAGCCUCUCCUUAUGCUGCUAUGUUGGCCGCUCAGGAUGUGGCUGAGAAAUGCAAGUCCCUCGGCAUCACAGCCCUGCACAUCAAGCUCCGUGCCACCGGUGGAAACAAAACCAAGACCCCAGGACCAGGUGCCCAGUCCGCUUUGAGAGCUUUGGCCCGUUCUUCGAUGAAAAUUGGACGCAUUGAAGAUGUGACACCCAUUCCAUCAGAUUCCACACGCAGGAAGGGUGGUCGCAGAGGUCGUAGAUUGUAAAUGGACAAUGAAAAUAUUCAUGGAUUUUGUAUUUGUUUUGUUGUAAUAAAUGCUCGUCUGUGAGAGUAA